AUGGGACAUAUCUCAGGCGUCGGUGCCUUCUUCAUAAUCGUCGCCGUCGUCGUCGUCGGUGGAGCAAUAGCGUGGAUUGUCUACACAAAUCUUCGCGCUCGCCGACUAGGCUUACCACAACCUACACUCUCAUCCUACAAUCCUUUCCGUUCCUCGUCGCAUGGAUACGGAGGGCCGAGCCCGGCGCCUGGUGGUAUUGUGGGAUGGGUCAACGACAAGUUUCGCGCGUUCAAGAAUCGGAAUAAUCGGUCGGCGGGGGGUGCUUAUGAGGAGCCUUUGAGCAACGUUCGGGGGCGGGCGUCAAAUCGUGGCUUUGGACCACUGGAUCCGGACGAUGCGUGGGAUGCGCGAGUAGGCACAGAGGCUGAUGUGUAUGGGCCGGGUAGUUACUAUGAGGAGCAGGAAUUAGGUCUGCAUUCGAGUGGUAUUGCGCCGACGCCUAUCAACCCCCCGCCUGGAUAUGAUGAGGAGCGCGGGAGGGCUUUGAGUCGAGACCCGGGACCAUAUAUUGGUGCAUCACAAGCUGGACUGGAUAGGAGAUAUGAUGAGGAGAUGGGGAGGAGGCCUGCGGAUAACCCCUUCGAUGAUCCAGCAGAGCCAGGUAACACCAGCCUGAGGGGGGUCAGCCCAAGACCGGUUGUUGAAACAUCAAGAACCCAAGGGCAUCUGCAGGGACAGCCUAGCGUUGACAGUCCGACAGAGAGGAAGUCACUGUUUAGGGAGAAUAUGUAA